AUGUUAGAGUGGGAGAAGGAAGCCAUACCUUUAUGCGGAGAGUCCUCGCUUUUUGGGACAUGUGCCAUGCGCUGGGGCAUCCUUCACCUGAGUUCUCAGGGCAAUUCUGUUCUCCUCGUUGUGGAAGGCUCGAAGAACCAAGUGGCCCUGAACCCAGCCAAUACCGUCUUCGACGCUAAGCGGCGAUUCUCUGAUCCGUCUGUCCAGUGCGACAUGAAACUCUGGCCCUUCAAGAUUAUUGCAGGACCCGGCGACAAGCCCAUGAUCGUCGUUCACUACAAAGGCGAAGAGAAACGCUUCUCUGCCGAAGAGAUCUCGUCCAUGGUGUUGACUAAGAUGAAGGAAUAUGCAGAAGCGUUUCUGGGUCAUGCAAUCAAGAAUGCGGUCAUCACUGUACCGGCGUACUUCAAUGAUUCGUAG